UUCCCCCCCCCCCGACCCCCCCACGACUCCUCCGCCAUGAGUUCUUACGUCGCCAACUCGUUUUACAAGCCAAGUCCCCCCGUUGCUGCCUAUUCCAUGCAAAGUUAUGGAAAUUAUGGAAGUGUUGGCGAGGUCGAGCCGCCCAGGUACCGCUCGAGCGGCUCGGAGCUGAGCGGCCCCCUCCCCUCGCCCACCUCCCCGGGCGGCUCGGCCAUGGCGGGGACCCCCCGAGCCGCCCCCGAGCGACCCCCGUGCCCGGCGCUGGGGCCCGCGGGGCAUCCCGCGGGCAGCGAGGAGCGCCCGGCGGCCCGAAAGCCCGGGAUGUGCGGGGCCAGGAGCGGGACGGCGCCGCCGGAGGAGCGAGCCCGGAGCGCGGCGGAAAUCAAAGCCGAGCCCGUGCAAACGGCGCAGCAAGGAGGACCCCAAGUGCAGCAGCAGCAACCGCCGCAAAUUUACCCCUGGAUGACCAAGCUGCACAUGAGCCAUGAGACGGAUGGGAAACGCUCCCGAACCAGCUACACCCGCUACCAAACUCUGGAACUAGAGAAAGAAUUUCAUUUUAACAGAUACCUGACGCGGCGGAGGCGCAUUGAGAUCGCCAACAACCUCUGCCUGAACGAGAGACAAAUCAAAAUCUGGUUUCAGAACCGGAGGAUGAAGUGGAAGAAAGAUUCCAAGUUGAAAAGCAAAGAGGCUCUUUAGGUGCGAUUGCAGGAGGUCUGGGGGGGGCUCCCCUGCCUUUUUUUUUUUCUUUUUAAUGAUUAUUAAUAUUAUUAAUUUUUUUUAAUUUGUGUUUUCCAUCGCUUCUGGCGGAAGCGACCUCGAGGAAACUUGGAUUUUGGGGUGGGCAGGGAGGGAGCUGCUGGAUGGACUCUGGUCCGUACCCUUCACAAAUCCCUCAGACAAAGGAAAUCUCUUAUUAAUAUGCAAAAAGGAGAGGGAAAAAAACCUCCUCAACAAACCGACAACCCCGUUUGUGUUCGCGCAGCAAUUUCGUGUCUCUGUCCUUGGGCUGUUACGAAGUGUCCGAACCUGUGCGCUCUUUGGGGGGAAAACCAUCCAGCCGAACAAAAAGCAGGGCGGAAAAAAAAGGCUUAAAAAAAGAAA